CUGCAAGCGAAACCAUCAACUCAAGCAUUGGGAACACAGAAUUUUUAUAUAUGGAAGGAUGUUUCUCAGCAAUGCAAGCCGCUGCAAGCAAAACCAUCAACUCAAGUAUUGGGAGCACAGAACUCUCAUAUAUGGAAGGAUGUUUCUCAGCAAAUCAAGCCGCAGCAAGCGAAAAUAAUACCCCAAUCACUGGAAACACAGAACUCUUGUUUAUGGAAGGAUGUCUCUCAUCAAAACAAGCCAUGCUUAAAGGAGCAGCAACUAAAAAUAGUAGAAGCGGAACCAUCUACACAACAAUUGGGACCACAGAACUCUAGUAUAUUGAACCUUGUUUCUCAGCCAAACAAGCCAUGCUUAAAAGAGCAGCAAGUGGAAAAACAAUAUAGCAAUUCCCCACAGCAUGUAGAUCAAGUGUCUAUCAUGAAAGGUCCUGACAAUGCCGUACAGAAUCAAGCCCAAGGUUCAGAGAAAGAAAGUGAAGCAUUGAGGGUGAGUGUAAACAGUCUGGAGAUUUCAGCUUCACCCUUGACCGAAAACUGCAAUAAGCUUAAAGAAAUUUCUCAUAAAUCUACUCUGAAUUUUGAUGAGCCAAGUGCUGAAGUGAAGCGCAUUCUUAAAGUGAUAGCCGAAAUAUCACCUGAAGCAUUGAGCGCAUCAGUUAAUGAAAUGAGAGAGGCAGUCUAUUUGAAUGAUGUGAUGGAAACUUCAGAGUUCUUAGAUGAACCACGAGAGAUGGUUCAACAACAAAACCAACCGGACCUCAUUNCACAAACUGGUAGGAAAAGGUCUCGAAGCCACAGUUUCAACCAGUUCUCUGAUGCUGAGGAACCUGACUAUAGAAAAAAGAAGCCAAGAAUUUUGGAAAAUUCUUCUCUUUUAGUUGAAUUAAAGGAGAUCAACCAUCGAUUGGUAGACAGUGUGAUUGUUGUUGGAGAAAAUGUUAAAGCGCCGGGAGUAGCGGCUGAUGAUAGUGAAGGGUUGGUUAUCGAACUCCUUUUCAAUGCAGUAUCGUUCAAUAUGAACAUAGAAUCUCAUACUUUUGCAGAUAAAAAGUCAAUAAUCAAACCAUUAAGGUUGUUCGUUCCUACAAAUUAUCCAACUUCUUUGCCUGUUAUUGUAGACAAAGAGCUGUCAGAAGUCAGUACUGAAUGCCAGAAAGACCUAUCAACAAUAGCAAAAUCAAAGCUGAUUCAUUUUCUGAGAUGCUUGGAUCGGACAUGGUCACUUGAGGAUAUAGCANUGUCAUGGGAACGUUGUGCCAGAGAAACAGUUCUUGAGUGUGCAAAAACCUUUGGAGGAGAAACUUUUAGCUCAAUAUAUGGAGAGUGGGAAAAAUUAUCAAACUGAAGUCUAAAGUAGGUUGCUUAUAGUAUAGUAAAUCAAUCAUAUACAUUUUUCUUUUGCAAGCCAUGUCUUCAAUACAUCAUCUGUACAGUAUAUAAUACUACAGCUCUACACUACAAGUCAAGUUCAUAUAUACAAAACAAUCACUUUUCUCCGAAUUUCA